GUUUAGAUGGCAUCAUCAAAGAAAGCGUUUUUCAGCAAGAGGGUCUUGGUGGAUGAUGAGAUCAAACCUGCAUGUAUAGAGGUUCAGAACGGACAGGUAUGCAGGGUCCUUACCGCGGGAUUCGAUGCGAAGGAUUACAGCGAGGUGCAGGAUGUUGGGAAUUUGCUGAUAAUGCCUGGGAUUGUGGACGCUCAUGUCCAUGUGAAUGAGCCUGGGAGGACAAGAUGGGAGGGUUACACGACUGCUACAAGAGCUGCAGCGGCAGGGGGAAUAACUACCAUUGUUGACAUGCCACUGAAUUCCAUUCCAUCAACAACCACACUGGAUGCCUUCAGAAUAAAAAUGGAUGCAGCCAAAAACCAGUGUUUUGUAGAUGUAGCAUUCUGGGGAGGGAUAGUUCCAGGAAAUUCAAAAGAACUGAAGCCCAUGUUAAAUGCAGGCGUGGUAGGCUUUAAAUGUUUCCUUAUACACAGUGGAGUGGAUGAUUUUCCACAUGUGGAGCGAGCCGACCUAGAAACUGCACUUCAAACACUUCAAGGCACUGAUGCCACAGUGUUGUUUCAUGCAGAGAUGGACUGUGCAUGUAAUGGAACAAAAGGAAACCCUGAGGAGUAUAAAACGUUUCUAGAAUCCAGACCAGCAAUCAUGGAAGAGAAAGCCAUAGAUCUUGUGUGUGAAAUGUGCCUGAAAUACAAAGUGAAAUGUCAUAUAGUCCACCUGUCUGCUGCCUCAGCUCUGCCCACCAUUAUAGCUGCAAAGCAGAAGGGGGCCCCUCUGACGGUGGAGACAUGUCACCAUUACUUGUCACUGAAUGCAGAGACUGUUCCCAAUGGCAACACUUUGUACAAGUGUUGUCCACCAAUCAGGGAAAAGAAAAACCAGGAUCUUCUGUGGGAUGGUCUUAAGAGGGGCUACAUAGACAUGGUGGUGUCUGACCACUCCCCCUGCACACCAGACCUCAAACUUCUGGACAAGGGGGACUUUAUGGAAGCCUGGGGAGGGGUUGCUUCUGUACAGUUUGGACUGUCUCUCUUCUGGACAAAUUGUCGUAACUAUGGAAUGACGUUGUUUGACAUGGUGAAAUUGAUGUGUGAGAAUACAGCGAAAGUGGCCAGCCUAAGUAACAGAAAAGGUGCCAUCAAGCCAGGAUUUGAUGCUGACUUUGUUAUCUGGGACCCUGAUGCUCCAUUCAAGGUCACAGAAGACAAAAUUUACUACAAAAACAAGGUCUCUCCAUAUAUGGGCAGAACACUUCAGGGACGUGUGUACCAAACUGUUGUCCGUGGCAACACAGUGUUUGAAGACAGAGCUGGCUUGACUAGUUCUCCACAGGGAGGUUUUCUCUUGAAGGACCAGCAAGAUGAAAAGUCAAAGUUGUGAUGUGCAUAUCAGUUCUUUUCUCAGCCUUAAUAUAUGACCUGUGAUAUUCUUUAUGAUAUAAAUAUGGAGGCAUUGUAGGUUUUAAUAUUUCUAUAACAUUCCUCAAAACCCACAUUCCAAAAACUUGUUCGAAAAUUGCAAAUUUCAUGUUUUAAGAAUAUGUGUAUUAUUCAUAUGUACAUUUUUUCAGUGUUGCUAAAGGUUUGCAUUCAGCUAGUAUUUGUUAUUAAGAUUCUUUUCUACUGACUAUUUUAAAAGAUAUACAGGUACAAUGCACUAAAAGAUAUACAGGUACAAUGCACUAAAGUGCCUUGUUCAGUUUAUUUCUAACAGUAUUAUACAAAUAAUGUUGGGACGUUAUCUAAUAAUCAAAUACCAUAAAAUUUAAGAGAAGAUGAA